GCCGCUGUCCUCUUGGUUUGCGUGUUCAUAUGAUGUCUUCACAUGUAAAAUGGCGGAUCAAAGCAUCUACAAGACAUCAAGAUUGCACAUCUCGCCGGAUAAAUUCUUCAUCGAGCCGCGAGAUCCACACGCUGUUGGAGAGAAAAUCUUGGAGAUAGACAGAGUUAGCCAAGAACUCACUCUAGCCGAUAAUGAAGGUCAAAUCCCACCCUCGGCAGAAACCAAGGACAUCUUUGGUAUCAUGGGAAUUAUUCACUUACUUGCAGGUCCCUAUCUGAUAGUCAUUACAAGGAAAAGACUCGUAGGCUAUAUUCAGGGCAAUGAAGUAUGGAAGGUGCUUGGCACAGAGGUGUUUCCAUUCCCUAAAGCAUUACUACAUCUUACGGAGGAACAGGUUUACUACAACAAGUUGUACCUAUCUAUGAUCACUGCAGUACUACAAACAGAUGGAUUCUACUUCUCAUGCACCUAUGAUCUUACUCACACAGUACAGAGACUAUCCAGGAUAAGUCCAGAUUUCUUACAGAUGCCUCUUUAUGAAAGGGUUGACCCAAGGUUUGUGUGGAACAAUCAUCUUUUAGGACCAUUUACUGUCCAACCAGAGCUCCAGAAAUUCAUUCUCCCCGUCAUGCAUGGAUUCAUAAGUAUAAAUCAGUGUACAAUCAAGCAGAAUUCAUUUGACUUCAUCGUGAUAUCAAGGCGUAGCUGUUAUAGGGCAGGGGUUCGAUACUACAUAAGAGGUCUUGAUGAAGAGGGUCGUUCUGCUAAUUUUGUAGAAACUGAGCAAAUUAUCCAGUACAGUUCUGGAACAUCAUCAUUUGUACAGAUCAGGGGCUCUAUUCCACUGUAUUGGUCACAACGACCUAACAUAAAAUACAAACCCAAGCCUGUCAUCAACAACAAUGCCGACCAUAGUUUAGGGUUCCGUUAUCACAUUGACAAUCAAAUGGCUCAUUAUGGAGAACUAAUGCUAGUGAAUCUGAUUGAUCAAAAGGGACCAGAAAAGGUAUUAGGUGAUAAUUUCUCAACAAUUAUUAGGAACUCCGGAUAUCCUGAGAACAGCUUAAGAUUUGAUUCAUUUGACUUUCACAAAGAGUGUAGCAAGAUGCGAUGGGACAGACUUAAUAUUUUAAUAGAUAGGCUUAAUGGUGAUCUAAAGAAAUUUAGGUAUUUCAGCAUGUCUAGGGACAAAACAAUUCACUCUGAGCAGAAAGGUGUGUUCAGAACCAACUGCAUUGAUUCUCUUGACAGAACAAAUGUUGUUCAGAGUAUGCUAGCAACAAAGAGUCUAGAACUUCAGUUUGAGGAAUAUGGUGUUCUUUCUACUGGGGAAAGAAUAUCAGAGCACAAGGAGUUUGAAUUUGUCUUCAAAAAUGUUUGGGCUGACAAUGCAGAUGCUUGUUCUGUUCAGUAUGCUGGGACUGGAGCCCUUAAGACUGACUUCACCAGAACUGGUAAACGAUCAGUAUUUGGUGCCCUCAAGGAUGGACUUAACUCUGCAAUACGGUAUUACAAGAACAACUUCUCUGAUGGAUGGAGACAGGACUCUAUUGACUUAUUUUUAGGCAACUAUGUGGUAGACUCAAAUGAAUGUGUUACGAAGCCUUGUCCUUUAGAACAAAAGCGUGACUGGAGAUACAUGAUGCUGCCAUUUAUUCUCCUGUUUGGAUUCUCCAUGUUCAUAAUUAGCUUGAUCAUCCCAUCAACUGAUUAUGGUGUCCAGUUCUUGUAUGUGGUGUUCUGGGGCGCUGCGGUGCUCUUAACACUAUAUGUGGUAGUGUUCUUUGGUUAUGAAUUUGUCGACAAACCAAAACUAGUACAAACAGUGUCGAAGGACAAACAUGUUUGACUAGCAAAAACACAUCCAUCAAAACCUAGAAAUUUCAAGGAUUACUACUGGGUUUGAUUCAAACUCAAUAUCGAUUAACCAUUUUACUAGAUAAACCAAAUGAAUCCUUCAAGGUAAUAAAAAUUAUGAUACAAAAUUAGAAUUAAUAUUUAUAACUUUCCUGCACAGUAAAAAAUCUUCAAAAAAUUGUGUUAGUCUCAAAUGUUUGGCUAAUAGGUUACUCAUUUGUUUAAAAAGAUCUUUAUUUCACAAAAAGAGGGAUACCUCGCACCUAGUAUAAAGCAAUAAUUAGCAAGAGUCAUUUUUGCUCAUAUGGGUUAAGGAGUUAUUACGUAGUUCCAGGAAAUUUCCAUACCCCACGCACUGAGGGAAUACUCCCAUUACAAGUUUACCCUUGCCCAGUCUUAGCUUUGAUUGUGAACAAAUGUGUUCUUUUCUUUUAUUAAAGUCCAUUGUAUAGUAAGGAAUGUACGUACUACGGAACAAUAUGAGUUGAUUAAAAUGAAUAGCUGAAUAUUAUAACCCACAACCGAGAUUAAGGCUGAGCAAAGAGAACUCAAAACUGGAGUAUUGGAAAUUCUGGAGGGCAGCGGGGUCAUAGAAAUGAAAUUCGUUUUUAUGGAAGAAAAUUGGAAAUUCCUGGGGUAGGGGGUACUUUUACGAAUACCCUCCAUGGUGGAGGUAUGGAUAUCUUCUGGAACUAUACAUUGCUGCUGUUUGAUGGUUUUCUGUUCAAAGCAGCUGAGUACUAAUUGACCAGAAGGAGUUGCCAAUUACUGUUUAAUUGAGCCUUUCUCUUAAUUGUCUUUUCAGUUCUUGGUCAAUUUGCAAUCGAUCCACCUAUGGUACAUUUUGACAUUCUCAAAAACUUCAGUUUUUUUUCAAUUUUGAACUUCUUUCACUUACUAGUAACUAUGUCACUUCCAGGAGGCGUAUUAAUGUUACAAGCAAGUAGGUUGUGGUUGAUUGGUAUUCGGCUGCUAGUGGUCUGAUUUUUAAAAUAAGUUAGUUGCCAAUUAUUCCGUUUUUUCUCCAAAAAGUUUCGUGGUUGAGAUGGAUGUGUUGUGUCAAAAAGUAAAAUAGGAGGUAAAUGAUAUCCAUGGAUGAUAUUAUAAUAUUAUAAGUAUAAGUAUGAAUAUAUAUUGUCAUGGACCAGAUAUUAUUUAGAUAGGGGCUGGUGAAAAUUAGGCUUGAAGUACAACUUUUUAAAUUUAUACUUGCAUUCAUGAAUUUAUUCAUAAAUUCAUUCAUAAAUUCCCCCUUUUCCCUGCAUAAAAAAUAGUGACUUCCAAUUCCCAUCAGCUUGUCCCCCACCUCUAAGUAAUGACUGGUCCCUCUGUAAAUGAAAGCCAGAAAUCUUGUACCUAGAGUGGCCUGCAACUUUCUUUGCUUAAAUUAAGUCUUGUGGGAACUAGGUACAAGGUGAUAGAGUGGUAAAUGUACUUUUCCCUGGCUUCUGAUCCUCUUUUAAACCAAUGAAAUGAUUGCCGAGUUAUUGAACAUAGUGACUGUCAUGAUGCAAGUUGCAGAGCUAUUUAUUGAUUAUUGAAUGAACAAAUUUAGGUUUCACAUGUUGAAGUGUCAUAGGCCACAUCUCACAGUGUCAGCCUAUUGCCUCAUUCUUUCAUCAGUUUCUUGGUGGUUUAAUUGAAGAAAAAUGGCUGCUUGUUUAUCGUUUUGAAGGUUAGCACUGUAUAUAUUAUAGUAUAGUUUAUUGUCAAGGACCAGUCAACAUUAUAUUCAUUCUUUAACAAAAUGACAGAAAUUAAUGUAGAGAUUAUAUUAAACCUCAGUGGUUCACAUUAGCAUAAGCAUAAUGAAAUAUGUAAGCGCAGAUAGUCCAUGGUUAGUUAACCUCUUUAUAUUUGGGUAAAACAAAUUAUACAGUCAACCUCAAAGUACUAUAUGCACUUGCAUAUGUCGUUAUGCUUGUGCUUGCGUCACUAGUGCGAACCAGGCUUUAUAGGUGUAGGAAAAUGUGUACAUUUUUUUCAAUGAUAAUUAUUUCUUUUACUUUUAUUGAUUGUUGAAUAAUCGUUAUCAUAAUUAACGUUACUUGUUUCAAAUUAAAAAGAGAAAGAAAAAUUGGA